AGCUCGGAGUGAGUCGGUCUGUCAGUUUUAUUUUUUUACGCACAAAAUAAGUGAGUUGGCGUACCUGUGUGUGUUUCUUUUGUUCGCGAGGGCACAUCUAAGCGCACUUUUUGCGAAGUGUUGCAUUUGUAAAUACAUAUCGCACGUGCAUUCACAUAUAUAUACAUAUGUAUUUUGUGACGUAUUUUUUUCGAAGAUAUAUUUAAAUCUCUUCUCGUGUUAUCAAGAUGAAAAAAUCGGGGUUGACAGUUUUCGCGAGGAGAGAAAGAAGUGAUUAAAUGUAAUUUUUGAGAAGAAUGUCAAAAAUCCGUAGAAACGCAUUUUAUUUUCUAUUUUUUGCUGAUCGCAAAAGUGCAUCCGAAAGCCAGUUUGACAGCGAGUUUGACAGCUCUCGCGUUGCAUCAGCUGCUCUCAUCGUGCCUUAUGUAUGUCUUUGUUUAACGAGAUACCACAUACUUGCUGUGAUAUACCUACAAGGCUAAGCCAGCUGGGCCAUUCUUGUUUUGUGUGAUUCUUCUCAUCAGCUAUACUACAUCCCUAGCUGUCAAGUGUCCUAAUCAGAUUGUCGGUGUAGUUAGCUGUUGCGAUGUCACACACCGCAGGAAUGGACACAUCGGGCUUGCCUGUACCGGAUGCAAUCCCAUCACUCGAACAACUACGAGAGGACCUAGUCCUGAACCUCGUCCAGGAGGUUAAAUUUCAGCCGAAUCUCGAUGAAUUGCCUAUAACGAUACAGGACAACGAGAUAAGUAUCGCCGCCCGGGAUAAAUCCGCUUACAUACUAAGAUGCCUGAAAGUGAUGUACGACUUGCCAUCGGAUGUCUUUUUCAUGGCGAUCAAUCUGAUGGAUUGUUUCCUGACAAGAAUGAAGGCGAAACAGAAGUACAUGGCUUGCAUCAGCGUAUCCGCCUUUUACACGGCCGCUCAACAGAUGCAACCCCUGAACGCCGACCACGUGGUCUCGAUCUCACAAUGUAGAUGUACCGCCGACGAUUUAAGACGCAUGUCUGAUGUGAUAAAGAACAAGUUGGAGCGGGCGCCCGAUACUCGACCCAUCACGGCGCUGACAUUUAUACGGCUGUUCAACAACAUGUUCCAUGCUGUGGCGAGACAAUUGCAUCAUGACAACUUGUAUGCCAGUAUCAUCAACGAAUCUGAAUUGAUUCUCAGAUUGGAAAUGGUAGCUUGCGAUGGUAAUUGCGCGAGUCUCAGGCCGUCCGAAGUGGCUUUGGUAGUACUUUGCAGUUACUUGGAUGCUGCUGUUAAUCGAUUGAUGAACGCGAAUACGGACACUACUGUUAAUAAUUUAUCGCGCAACGCAUCCAUCCCACUGACAUAUCAAAGAUUAAGAAAUGAGCUUAUGCAGUUUGCUGCGGUACUCCGAAAGAAAUGCAAUAUUUCAGAGGAAAGUUUCCGCUCCACUCACGGGGCAGUGAGCGCUAUAUUGAGCAAAUAUAACGCUCAGGAGCAAACAAACAAAACUCAUAAACAAAAGUUAAUUUGGAAAGUGUCACCACGAACCGCAGUUAUUUUGCGUCCGUCUCAAAACUUUACAUCCGUGCUACCCGUUAUCGCGGAACAUGUUCCAUCAGUUCCAUCUCCGAACAAGAUCAGCAGGAAAAGUCGUAAAUAUCGGCGCCGUGGAAAUAAGAGAUGUUAAUACAGCAUCGCCAGUUUGUUUUUAAGGCUGCGGCAUUAGGAGUUGUCUGGGAUAUUAAACAAAAAUGCAAGAUUUAGUUUAUCCGGCACAACAAUCAAAGCUUGGCUCGGGAGUACAAAUGUCGACUUACACAUCACACUACGUAAUAAUUUCUCUUCGAUAUAUCAUUUGCAUCACUUGCUGAGAUUAUACAUAUUGGUGGAACAUAAAUUACUGUUACCUUGCUAAAUAACAGUUACAUACGUAUGUUUUGCCAAUACGUAAGAUAUGAUUAUCACGUCAUAUAUUAAUCUCUACUUUUUUAUUUCAUUUAUUUUACUUUGCGUAUAUUUCAAAAUAUUUGUGUAAGUAGUUUAAUUUUUACAAAAGAGACAAGAUUUAAGCCCCAUUCCGGUGGUAAAAUCGAAUUAAUUGUUUUUAUAUAAGGGGCUUAGAAAGUUGGGGAGAGAGAAAGCAGAUACACAUUGUGAAGAGCAGUACCAACAACAAAAUUAUCUUUAAAGAAACAUUGAAAUUAAUGUGAUAUAAUGUCUAUUAUUUAAUUAGUAUUAUCUAGGGGAAUUAAUACAUUGCUAAAAUUAUAUAUAUAUUUGCGAAAUGCGUUAAAUGAGAGGAAAAACUAUAAAAAAGAAGUAUAAAUAGGAAAAAAUUGUGGAAAUGUUGAGACUUUUAGGUAUAACAAAAUUAUUAUUAACGGAAAAUAAAUUAUAAUGAUAUAUUAGUUGACAUAAUCAACAAGAAAAUUGCUAAACGUGCUGAAACUUAUGACAAAAAAAGUUUUAUUGAGUUUAGUUUUAUUCUGUGUCUCGAAAUAUUUGCUUUUCUUUCAUUAUCAUUUGUAUCGAGUGAAAUAGUCGAUAAAAUGUACAUUAUACCGAGUGUAUUUCUCUAUUUUUAUUCAGCGAUAUUUCAAGAUGCACAAAUGUAUAAAUUAAAGUGUCCAAGAUGAAUUUUAUUGUCAAUUUUAAUGCGGAAGAUAAGAAAACGUAAUUUAUGUGUGUAUUUUACAAAUAAUUUAUAUUAUCUUUUUUAUAAAAGCCGUAUUUUAAUUGACAAUUGUAUAAUAAUUUGUCGAAAAACAUGAUAUUUCAAUAUGAUCAUUUUUCAAUUAUAAGAAAUCACUUUAUGCACACUUGGAUUUAAUUUAUACAUUUUGAAAUUACUCUCAUAGUAAUAAUAGGAAGUUUCUUUAUAUCUGUUAAUUUUCAUAAUUCUGUGUUUAAUGAAUCGCAAUAACAGCGUCAAGGAAAUGCAAUGCGAAAUUACUUUGUGACUGAUCUAUCGCCGUUUUUCUCUUAUGAAUUUAAAACUGGUUCUCACAGUACCGAUAUGUGAGAAAAAUAGAGAAAUGUAAUAAUAAGGACAGACGCAAACGAUACGUCAUAAAUUGAGCGAACGAAUAAUUUUAUUCGAUAAAAAUGCGUUAAAAACUUUCAUGUACUAAACGGUCUAUGUAUAUUUUUGUAUUUAUUUCUUGUAGAUUCUCAUACGUAUCAAAACGAUAUAUGUGAUCGUUUUUGUAAUUCACGAUAACUCAUACAACUUGGGGGAACUUGUGGGAACUCCAUAAAAAAGAGGGAUAAAGGAAGCAAAAAAAUUAAUUACUUUCUUCGAUCUUAGCCAGUUUACGCUAGUCAUAAGUUCAUUUCUAAUUAUGAUCUGUGAACAUACGAUUCUCUUAUGCCUCAUGGCAUUUCUCAUCAAAAUACACCAAAUUUUAUUCCAAAUUUUAUUCUCUGUUUUUGUAACGUACCAGACACUAUGAAAGUAUUUGGAAAGUAUUUAAUCACUGAUUUUCUAACUGAAAGCAAGAAUAUUCUACGAAUACAUAAAAUACAAGUGCAGCAUAGCCAUUUAAUAGUUUAGAUUUCAAAAACGAGAAAAAGUCUGAUAUAUAAUACUACAUUUUUGAAUUUGUAGUAUGGGUGUUGCAUAUAGAGUUUUUUCAUGGAAAUAAUUCUAUUUGUUACAUACACAUGUAUAUAUAUAUCCUAUUUAUUUUACAGAUCAAAUUUCAUCUAAAAAUUUUUAUAUAAAUAUGAUGUUUAUAUUUCAAGAAACAGAUUUUUACUUGUUAGUAUUAUAAGUUAUAAGUUUGUCAUCUCUAUUAUUAACAUUGUUUUUUGGAAAAUAUUUUCUUACAUUGUAGAACAUGUAAAAAGUCGAAUGAUACAUUUGCAUUUUACAUAUUAUAUAAACAUGAAAUUUAUUAUUUUUUUUAAUAUAUAAGUUUUGUUUUUAUGUACUUUUUAUAUACAAAUGAUUUGCAUAACACAUACACAUAUGACGGACAGAAAAUAUUAAAUGAUUCAACUGUAUGUGUUUAUGAUCAAUCAUUAUCAUAGUAUUGUUAAUAUUUAUCAUCAAAUAUGUAUCACACAAAAUGCCACUCAUAAAAUCAUUGCGCAGAGGAAUACAGGCGAUUUUUACCUGUAUUAUACUUUUAAAACUGUCUAGGAUAUAACAAAUUUUGUAACCAUUGAUGAAUUUCAAAAUGUUAUGUUCAUACAAUUUUAACUUGUAAUUUUUUUGUAAUUAUAAGAUUGACAUGUGUAUGUAACAUGUAUAUAAGUCAA